CCCCAGCCCCAUUAAAUUGCAACAAAAAGUAGCAGCUUCUCAAGGCUUGACAGAGCUAUUGAAUCAAGUUGAUUCAAACAGAUGUUGUGGGAUUUCAGAAAGUUGGUCACCCUGGGAAGUUCAUUCAGUGUAUAGUACUGUACUGACAAAUCUGUUGAACCAUCAGAUCUAUAAGUGGUUGUUAAAUAAGUAGUGCUUGGAGUCUUUUAUUUGUUUGUUUGUUUCUUUCUUAAUUUUUAAAAUGUUAUCUUAAAAUUAUCCUGAUGAGCUGCACUGGACCCAUGAAAGGAAUGGUUCCUGUCCCGCAGGAGGUGAAGUUUGGUGAUGCUGAGGGACGGAGGCCUUGAGGGGGAUAGUGUAGAUGACCUUGGUUUGGGUUAUGUGUUCGCAGUCAUCAACAACUAUGCUGGGGGAGGGUUCGGGACUCCAGGGUCCCCAGCAGGCAGGGCUUUUCCUUCGGCUAACUCCCCUGGUCCAAACCCUACCACUAUUGACAUCUACAGCACUGGUGCACCAGAGACCAUUGGCUAUGUCCAGGCUACUUCUCCUCAGCCUGCUUCCUUCUCUGCAAUUGCUGUCAAUAGGGGCCCCAUCCUGACAGCUGCAUUCACCAACGGGUACCAUUGAUGACAGAAGUGAGGAGGAUGAGCAGGGAUCCCUCUGGAGCCCAGGAGAUGAGGGAGGAUCCCUAUACCAGCUACAGUUUUGAAUGAGGAGUGCAAGGGAUUUUUUGAUUGGUGCACGCGGCGUAUUUUUCCAAAACAGUUCAGUUCAGGUCACUUUUCCCUCAUCCCCUCCACACAUGUGAUGGUUUCUGUCUCCCGGUGGCAUUUUUGGUUUUUCCCUGCCUCCAAAUGUUUCUGGAGUCAAGACCCUUCUGUCCUCUGUGGCCCUCAGGCAAAUCUCAGCUGGGGGUCUGGUGUCUUUGCCUUCCAUCUCAAUCAAGCAACAAGGUCCCUGUUGAGGCUGUUGUGUCAAAAGAGUCAGGUCACCAGAGGCGCUUGGGUGUUAUUUUUUCCUUGAUGAAGAAUAUUUGUGAAUGGGAGGUUUGGUGGCAGUUACCAGGGUGGGCUGAGCUGGUGUGUAACCUCCUGCAUGAAUUGGAAGCAACGCAUUUUGUAAAUGUACAAAUUAUGAUUUAGCGUGCUUUUGCAAAUGUGCUUUGCGCCUCUUUUGAAUUUUUGGAGAAAGAAAAAAAGUGAAGGUGGCCUGAUUUUCUUUGAUGCCUGUUGACCUUUUCUUGGGGGUGGCGGAUGAAGUCCAAUCAAGUGACUGACUGCUGCAUGGCCAUUCCAUUUAGGUGCUCCUUGGCAAAAAAAAAUUAGAGAAAAAUCAUCAUGUCCAGCUAUCUUUGUCAUGGGUUUCCAAAGGGACCUAAGUUGGCCAUUGGGGGGGGGGGUUAUAGUAACAAAAAUUACUUUACUCUACUGGGUAUCUCAUCUGAUGGGAGCGCAAACAAUGUAUAAGAAAAUUUUUUUUAAAAGGAAGGCAACACCAGCCCUUGGCAGGCUUAGAUAUUUGGGAUCCUCAUGAGUUGGCCCUCACCAGAAAUAGAGUUUGGAAUAACCCAGGCAGUCAUUAUUGUUUUAGUUUUGGCAGUACUGUAGCUUGGAGUAUUGAUACAGUAGUUGUAUAGCAAGUGGUUUCUGCAGACGCGUUUAUAUUGAGUACAAUAUGUGCAUAGUACUGUACUGUAUGCUAGACACUGAGGAUGACUGAUGGAGAGACAGAAGGCUGAAGGGCACAGAGAGAGAGGAAGAGAGUAGGACAAAGGGAGCAGAAGAGGGGGGGUUGCAUUUCCAUGUGUUCCAGUGGCACACUUGCUUGUUUCCUCGGAGACUCUUCCGUUCAUGGCUGUGAUUAAUCGGUUUCGCCCCCCUGCGUCCCCCUUUUUCAACUUCAGUUCAGGUCCCCCCAGGUCACAGACCCAGUUGAAUUCUCACCAUUUUUUGAGUGAUACUCAGAAGUGAUAUGUUUUUGGUUUGUUUCCUAAGGACUUGGGUUCAUGGCGAGUGUUCGCCCGCAUUGCUGUCAACGCCAUUUUGAUCUCAGAGUGCGGGAGAGAGAGAGAGUGAUGUAUUUUGGGAGACUGGCUGGUGAUGUUCUUUCUCCAUCCCCUCCCCCACUGAGAAGGGCCUUUUUUUUCAAGGGAGGGUUUGGGGUCAUCCUUUGGUCAGUCAGCAACCACUUCCUCUGCCUUUUGCUCCCCACCCUCACCUUUUUUUUGUUCUUUCUUCAAAAGCCCCUAUGUACCCCCUAUAUUCCCCUUGUUCUUGCCCCAGGUCUAUAUAUAGGGGAACCACAUGUACUAUGGUGGGUCAGUCUGAACUUUCAGUCCAGUACAUAUAUAUACUUGUGUAUGUAUGUGAGAGGGUGUGCCCUGUUUGAUGGUUUUGUAUUCUGCAUUAUUCUGUCUCCACACUUGUUGUAUGCAGGGGCUUUUGAGCAGUAUACUGAUGGGAAAUGUGUUCUCUUUUUUUUCUUGAAAAGCCUCAGUUAGUCUUGAGCUCUUUCAAUUGAUGUGUACUGUAGUCAAGUACAGUGAAAAACUCAUUAAACUACCACCCUCAGGAACUGCCAACAUUUGAGAAUAUUUUCUUGAGAAAUGAAAAUAUUCUCAAUAUUGAGCAGCACAGGAAAUUUUGAUUCGAUGCCAUCUUCUAAGGUUUUCCUCAACCAUUGUUUUGCUGUUUGAUCAACUUUUGACAUUUUUCUGCCCUCUUGAUGAGCAUUUUUUUUACAUGCAGUACUUCCAAUCCUUGAAUACCAAAUUUAUGAGAGUACCAUGUAAAUGUGUUUUUUUCUGCAACAGAAAAAAAACUGCGCCCAUUAUUGGACUCAAGCACAAUAAAGUUGUUCUUAAAAUUUUCCAAAUUCUUGUGCGCAUUAUCCUUGGAUCAUAUUACAUAUAAAUUAUAAAAUAGAAGCAAAAUGGAUGCAAUUUCAUCAUAGUAAUGUUUCUUUUCAUCUGAAUAUCAGUAGAUAAUUUUAGCUCUGUGAAUGGUAAACAUUUUUCCCUGAUUUUCCAGCUAAAAAUAAUCUUGCCUGACACUAAAGUAAAUAUGGUAUUAUUGUAUGCCUAAUGCACUCACCUGCAACUGUUUUGUCUCUCAAGCAAACAGAUGCACAUAGAAGUUGCCAUUAAAGUUGAAGAAUUUUACCAGGAUGGCAGUUCACAUUUUUGCCAUCAAGAAAAAAAAUUUUCUUGCUGAACAACUUUUCCCUUCCAUUUUUCCCCCUCCUUCAUAAACUCCCAGAAUUGUCCUGCACAGAUUUUGGCAUCUUUUCAAUGUUUGACUGUAAUAUGCUUUGAUGAUUAGCCAUUUUCUUCCUGCAAUUUUAAUCCUUGUAAUUUUUUUGACUCUGGAGACUGGAAGAAUGCAUUUAAAAUCUUUCAAGCUUGAAACUUCAAAAAUAAUGAAGGGGAUGAUGUUUUAUUUUUAAUUUAGAAAGUAUUUUGGGAUUAGUUGGUUGAAAACUGUGAAACUGCAUAAUGCUUACAUCUGAUACUUAUCAAAACCUUGUUGGCUAGAUUAGAUCCGACAUUUUGUUACAUUUAAGAAAGAGGAUUUGUCAUCCAUUCUCAAUUAUUGCAAGAAAUCUCAGCAAGGAGUGUAAUCAAGGUACUGACCAGCUUUCAAAGGAUUGCCAGACUGAAGAUUCUUUUGGACAUUUACAAAUGAGUUCCUCUGAAAUACAAGCAAUGGUCAACAACAAAAAAUCAAACAAAUCCACACACAAAAAAAUCACUAAAACUUGAAUCCAAAAAAACUUCAAGCAGCCCAUUUCAAAGUUUGACAAAGACUUGAAAAUCUCUUUGGUGAGUGUGUGUAUGUGUGGAGAAAGUUUGCAGUGGGAUUUUGCCUUCAGUCGUGUGCAGCAUCCUUCAGGUGGCUCAACAGAGCUAAGAACUGGGAAAAUUUUUCAGAAAAGAAUGUUGUGUUCUUGGUGACGGUCUCAGUGGUGUUCCUGUGAAAAAAAAUUGGUUCUUCCGGGUGUCACUGGCGAGUUACCUGAAGGCUGGAGCAGGCGUCCCUUGGGGUGGGGAGACAGGAGGUUUUGCUGGCAGAAAGAAUGACCAAUUUUUUGGAACCAGGUGAAAAGGGUUUUUUUGUUUUUCCCCCUGUUUCUGUUGAGAUAUGAGUGCACAGCAGGCAAGGGGGAUCCCCGGGAUUCCUCCAGCACUGGCCUCCUGGAGUGAAAGGAUCCCAGGAAGAGUUGAAACUGGGUUUUCAAUCUUCCAGCGCGAAACGGCUGCUUCACGCAAUAACAGAAAAGCAAUAAUUGUGGCGCAUUGUUGCAUAUAUUUAUUGAGAGCAAGUGGAUUUUGGAGAAACGGUUGACCUGACCUGGAAAUAUAUAUGCCGGGGAAUUCCCUGGUUUGGUUUUCUCGCGAGUUUCUUCCAGGGAGCCCACAUUUUAUCCGCGGGGACGUUUUAGCGAGCACCAGGAAAGCGUUUGGAAUUUUGGUGAAAAACUUUGCAACAAGAGAUGGUAAAUACGGUCAUGAUAAAAAUGGAGAUGUCAAUAAAAGCAUUGUUUACAAAAAAAAA